AUGACGCCUGCUUCCAUUUCAGCUCAGUCUCAAACACGCUACCGUACCUGUUCAAUGGCUACCUGCGUUGGUACGUCAAGUGAAGCGAGGCCAUGUAUAACUUAUGUUCAGCCACAGAUUGCACAAUGGGGUGAAUGGGGUCCGUGGGGUGCCUGCAGUGCAUCCUGCGGUGGUGGCACAUGCACUCGGACUAGGCUCUGUAACAACGCCUGUACGACCUGUCAAUGUGUCGGAGCGGCCACACAAACGAUGUCCUGUAACACACAACCUUGCUGUGAAUACGGUCCGUGGUCACCCUGGUCGCCCUGUAGUGUGACCUGUGGCACGAAUGGCGUCACAUAUCGAACAAGACAGUGCAGCUGCCCGGAAGGGUGCGAAGGGCCAGCAAAUGAACAAAAAGUAUGCAAUGCCGAUCAGCCAUGUCCACCACCUCUUUAUGAACAACAAACGCCAGCACCUAUAGUGUCACCACCUACAUUCUGCAUAACCUGCUACUUGCCGCAGCCACCAUGCAUAACAUGCAUAAACUAUGCACCUUUUGUUUAUGGAUACGGUAGACGAAAACGUCAGGCUGAGAAGCUCGAAUGA